AAACUUGCAGCUUACUGAUUCCAUGACAGGUUUUAGAUAAAAGCCACAGUAUCUUAAAGUGUUUUUCAAAGAUGACUUCUCAGCCACCUUUGCCCCAUUAUUUCCCAAGAGAUAAAAGCAGAAGUCCUAAAACCAGACAGACUCAGUGUCUGCACAGCUUUGAAUGUGCAGUGGAAGGUAAUCUCUUACUGGGAUGUUCUUCCUUCCCCUCUCCCUUUACUUCUCUCUAGAACACUCCAGACAGCAUCACUGAAAACUCAGCAGAUUCUCUAUCACAGAGGGCAUUGGCAACUAACCUCCAUGGCUGAGGAGAAACACCAGAUGCCAGCCUGCAAGUUCUACUAACUAGUAUUACUGGAGACACCCAAAUCCUUCAGAAUCAACGGAAUAACCAGGAGCUAGCACAAUGGAGAUGCCUGGGGUUGACACCACCGCAGCCAAUACCACCUUCACACCUGGGAAUGUCACCCUGUGCAGCAGAGACUACAAGAUAACCCAGGUUCUCUUCCCCUUGCUCUACACCGUCCUGUUCUUCGCUGGACUCAUCACAAACAGCUUGGCAAUGAGGAUUUUCUUUCAAAUCCGCAGUAAAUCCAACUUCAUUAUUUUCCUUAAGAACACAGUCAUUUCUGAUCUUCUCAUGAUUCUAACUUUUCCAUUCAAAAUUCUCAGUGAUGCCAAACUGGGAGCCGGGCCUCUGAGAACCUUGGUGUGCCAAGUUACCUCAGUCACGUUUUAUUUCACAAUGUAUAUCAGUAUAUCAUUCCUUGGAUUGAUAACCAUUGACCGCUACCUGAAGACCACCCGGCCAUUUAAAACUUCCAACCCCAGCAACCUCUUGGGUGCAAAGAUUCUUUCUGUUGUCAUCUGGGCCUUCAUGUUCUUCCUCUCACUGCCCAACAUGAUUCUCACCAACAGGAGGCCGGAAGACAAGAACAUAAAGAAAUGUUCCUUCUUAAAGUCAGAGUUUGGACUGGUCUGGCAUGAAAUAGUCAAUUACAUCUGUCAAGUCAUUUUCUGGAUUAAUUUCCUAAUUGUCAUUGUUUGUUACAGUCUCAUUACAAAAGAACUCUAUAGGUCCUACGUAAGAACAAGAGGUGUAGGCAAAGUCCCCAAGAAAAAGGUGAAUGUCAAAGUUUUUAUCAUCAUUGCUGUGUUCUUCGUUUGUUUUGUUCCCUUCCAUUUUGCACGGAUUCCCUACACCCUGAGCCAAACGCGGGCUGUCUUUGACUGCGCCGCUGAGAACACUCUGUUCUAUGUGAAGGAGAGCACCUUGUGGCUGACGUCCCUGAAUGCCUGCCUUGACCCAUUCAUAUAUUUUUUUCUUUGCAAGUCUUUCCGAAAUUCCUUGACAAGUAUGCUGAGGUGUUCUAAAGCUACAUCACCCUCUGGAGAAAACAAAAAGAAAGGACAGGAAAGUGGUGACCCAAGUGAGGAGACCCCAAUGUAAAAUGUGACCUGAGGACUGCUUCAGUCUGUAGUGUGCAGACUCCUCCGAGGAAAUCACCACGCCGAAAUAGUAACACUCACUUAAAAGAAGCUGAGCUAAUGACUCUUUAGAUUAGCAAUAAAAUAGGGAAAUAAUCUUUAUCUAAUAUAUGUAUAGUAGAU